AUGGCGGAGGUGUCGCGGCCCAUGAUGAACCGCGAGUCCGUGGAGGGUAGCAGCACCAGCUACAGCGAGAACUACUCGAGCGGCCACUUCAGCCUGCACCUGGACUCGUCGCAGGGCCCGCGCCCGACCGAGUCGGGUGGCCGGGUGAGCUCGGUCUACGGCGGCCAGCGCCAGACCGAGAUGAAGCUCAAAGCGGCCGACAUCGACCUGGCCAAGCCCGAGCGCAAGAAGGACUACAAGGGCCGCAUCCGCACGUGGCCCGGCCUGUUGCUGCUGCUGCUCAUCAUCGGCGGCGCGGCCGCGAUCAUCGUCCUGCAGGCCAAAGAGACCAGCGACCUCAUCACCGUCAACCGGGAGAACUACGAGCAGCGGCUGGCAAACAAGCGCAAGAUCCAGGACGGCAAGGAAGACGACCAAGUCAUCAUCUCGGACGACGGCCAGGUGGGCAACCCCAAGUCUUACCCCGACAUGGGCUGCGAGCUCCCGGACUACCAGAGCAAGAACGGCCAGAUCGUGGCCGUAUCCAAGAAUGGCACCGAGGUGCCCGUGGCCAUCAAAGGGGCCAACUGGUUCGGCAUGGAGACGGGCUUGGCCAUUCCGUUCGGCCUCUGGGAGAACAUGGAUAACGGUACGUCCGUUUACGAGAUCGCGGCCUUCCUGGCCCGCAACAACUUCAACAGCGUCCGCCUUCCGGUCUGCAUCAAGAACAUCCUCAACGAUGCGGCCCCGGAGAAGUCUCUCGUCAACGUCCAGACAAACCGGGCCCUCAACAUCACGUCGUACAUUACGACCAUCCAGUCGAUCGUGGAGGCGCUCGGCUAUCGCCAUGUCUCCGUGCUCAUCAGUCUCCACACCUUAGACCCCAAGAAGUCGGGCGGCGCCUGGUACAGCGACGAGCUCGAGGUGACCGAGGACGACUUCCUCAGCGCCGUUGACAUCUUGACAAAGAACUUGUGCGGCUCCAAGUACUGGAACAUCCUCGGUCUCGACCUCAAGAACGAGCCGUACGACUGCUCGUGGGGAGGCGACGACCCGGACUGGCAGAAGGGAGCGACGCUGAUCGGCAACCGCAUGCUGGAGGGCUGUCCGAACUGGCUGGCCUUCGUGGAGGGCACGGCUGGCUCGGGCACCAUCUCGCUCAACGGUGAAGAGGACCGGAUCUACUACGACUGGUGGGGCGGAGGCAUGGAGAAGGCCGGCGACAACCCCAUCACGUUCGACGUUGAGAGCAAGCUGGUCUGGUCGCCGCACUACUACAACACCGGCGUGAGCCCCGCCUGGUACCUCUACGCGUCCGGCACACAGAACGCCGAGGGCGGCCUGGACGGUUAUGUGGAGCUGGACGACGACAGCCUCAGGACUAACGUCGAAAAGACCAUGGACAAAAUGUUCGGCUACUUGAUCGGGGCGGACUCCAACAUCGCCAUGGUCAUGGGCGAGUUCGCCGGCCUCUACUCGAAGGACAAGCAUCCGAUGCUCACGACGAAGCGCACGACUGACUUCACGAUCGAAGUCAUGCUCAAGGCCGGAUACGCUGGCGGCUACAUGUGGUCGCUGAACCCGGAGAGCGCGUACCAGUACAACCCGGCCGACACGUACGGCACGUUCACGGAGGGCUUGCUGGAGGACGACUGGCUCACUCCCAACAAGGUCUUCAUGGAGGGCAUCGCGGCCCUGGACGUGAUGGAAAACCUUCAGCUGUUCCCGUGCUUCCCGCAGGAAGUCGAGGGCUCUUCAAGCGAGUAG